CUCUAUUGUAUUGUAUAUUAUAUAUUGUGUGACAGUCUGUUUCCCCCCACUCUCUCAUGUAAUUCGUCUGUAUCUAUCGAUAUAUAUAUAUAUAUAUAUAUAUAUAUACAUCUCACCGCCUUCUGAAUCUCAUCUCCCUGCUCUCCGAUUCCAUGGAUUCCGUCAUUGAAACCGCCUGGACUUAUCUGAUUACUCACUUCAGUGACUUUCAGCUGGCAUGUGUUGGUAGCUUUAUUCUUCAUGAAGCCGUAUUCUUCUUAUCAGGACUUCCAUUCAUAUUCAUGGAAAGGGCAGGAUGGUUCAAAAAGUACAAAAUUCAGGCCAAAAAUAACACUACUGAAGCUCAAGGGAAAUGUAUUACUCGCCUACUGCUGUAUCAUUUUUGUGUCAAUCUACCUGUUACACUUGCCUCUUAUCCUGUCUUCAAAUUUAUGGGAAUGAGAAGCAGUCUUCCACUGCCGUCCUGGAAAGUUAUAUCAACUCAGAUUCUGUUCUACUUCAUUGUGGAAGAUUUCAUAUUCUAUUGGGGACACAGGAUUUUACAUACCAAAUGGCUGUACAAGCACAUCCACAGUGUCCAUCAUGAAUAUGCAACGCCUUUUGGAUUGACUUCUGAAUAUGCGCAUCCGGCUGAAAUUUUAUUCCUUGGGUUUGCUACCAUUUUUGGGCCUGCUAUCACAGGGCCUCAUUUGAUAACCCUUUGGUUGUGGAUGAUGGUGAGAGUUUUGGAGACAGUUGAGGCACAUUGUGGUUACCAUUUCCCCUGGAGCCUCUCAAAUUUUCUGCCUUUAUAUGGAGGGUUAGUAACCAUAGUUUGUAUUUACCACCGACUGUCCAUAUUGGAUGAUAAUUUUUUUUUUUUCUUGGAAAUCCUUAGGUCUGAUUUUCAUGAUUAUCAUCACCGGCUUAUCUAUACCAAGUCAGGCAACUACUCGUCAACUUUUGUCUACAUGGACUGGAUAUUUGGUACAGACCACGGCUACAGAAAAUUGAAGGCACUGAAAAGUGAAGAGGUAGCCGAGUGUAAAGAGAACUAAUAGAACAGAAUAGAGGAGGAUUGUCGACUUCCCCAAGUAUGUCCAAUGUGCAAUGAUUAAGGUAAUCAUUUUGAUCCACCACUGCUCACUGUGUGAUUGAUUUGUUCAUUACUAUUGUAGAAUCAUAUCAAACGUAUUUCUGAGAUGAGUGAACUCGAUUUUGAA